GUAGGUAUAAAAGCCUAAACAGAAUUAAGACAUCAGACACUGAGAGUAAAAGAGUGUCAGAGAGACUGAGAUAUUUACCAGGACACAUAUCACCUAUUCUCCUCAGACAGACAGACAGACGGGAUGAGGACCCUUCUGGAGUGUGUGGCUCUCUGCGCCCUAGUAUCCCUCUGUGUCUGCCAUGAUUCACAGGAAAGCACAGAAUCCUUUGAAGAUGUGUUUGUGAGUCCAUCGCGGGCCAAUACCUUCAUCAAUCAACAGAGACCACAGAGGGUGAACACGUACAACAGCCCUGCCCGAGGCACCUCCUACAACAACUACAACUACAUGAGGACGGUCAAGUCCCCAGCAGAGAGGCGCUCUGAGAUCUGUGAGGACUACGUACCUUGCAGAUUCUUCGCCCAUAACUAUGGUUACCAGCUGGCCUACCAGAGAUACUUUGGAGGCCGGGACCCAGUCAGUCGUCGGUUCUAAGCCCCUGAGUCUUUUUACUGUCUGUGUUAGAACCGCUUUGACUUGAGGCUCAUUUAACACACACUGAAAGAGAAUAGCACUAGCUAUUCUCAUAUUCAUAUACAAGCAUGACACAACACAGCACAUCAUACAUGAUAGCAUAGAUCAUGUAACACACACAUCAUGUAUACUGUAUAUAAGGAUUCAUGUACAUUCAAAUCUGUUGCAUUAAAAUGGUAGCGUUACAAUUCAUGUCACAAUUCCACUUCUAGAUACCGUAGAUAGAUAAAGAUGGAUAUUAUGAUGGUUAGUAGAUAUUAUGAUGCACACAUGGGAACCUGCUCUUUCUACAACGUUAAGCUACAGCCGUUUUCCACUGUCAUUAUCACACCGUUGCACCAUUAAGAAGCUGUAAGGGAUUCGUAUGAAUGAAACCCUAGAAUUGCACAUGGUUUAUGUCUCGAUCCAAGUCUCUUUCUCCGUCUGUGUCUUAUGUUUCUUUUUGUCUGAAUAAUUCAAAUGUACUUUUGGUAGAAUUCAAAUGUAACUUUGGUAGAAUCAACAUGUUCUUUUCGAAGAAUUAAACUGGUUUGUUUUUGGAA